ACUUAACUACAAAUUACGAUCGAAACCAAUUCUUUCUCUCUCGAGUUUUAAGUAAAAUCAAUUUUAAAAGAUGUCGAAAAUUACGUUGCAAUCAUCAGACGGUGAAAAGUUCGAAAUUGAGAUUGAAGUCGCCAAAAUGUCGAAUACCAUCAAAAUCAUGUUGGAUGAUUGCGGCAUCGAAGCUGGAGAUGGAGCCAUUUUGCCGGUACCUCAAGUCAAUGCUGAUAUUUUGAAUCGCGUUUUAAAGUGGUCCGAACAUCACAAGGGCGAAACCAUUCCAACUAAUGCUGAUGAUGACAAUGGUGCCAGCAACAAUCCAAUCUCCGAAUGGGACACUGAAUUUUUGAAAAUCGAUCAAGGCACUCUGUUUGGGCUAAUCAUGGCCGAAAAUUACUUGGACAUCAAGGGAUUGAUGGAUGUAACAUGCACAACCGUUGCAAAUAUGAUGAAAGGCAAAACGCCCGAGGAAAUCCGAAUAACAUUCAACAUCAGAAACGACCUAGAAGAGGUCCAAGAAGUUGGUGAAUCCGACGCAUUAGCGGCAGAAAUAUAGAACUCAAUAAGCACAACAACUUUGGCCAUGAUUCAUCAACAACUUUAUGUUAGUGUGUGUUACUAUUCUAUUGU